CCAUGUUCCGAUUCCAGUACUGAAACUAAAAAAGAAAAAAAAAAAAAACAGUUUAUCACCUCCCCCGCAUUAAACGACGAAAUUUAACCCAAGAAUACCCUUGAAUUUAUUAUACUGGCAGUGGACUACCAGUGGUAGAUUGCUUUCACAAAAGUCUCUCUUGUUUCGAUCGGAUCUGAAAAAGACUCGAAAACAAGAAAAAAAAGGGGAAAAGCUGUUCCCAAUACACAAAAGUUCUUUCGCUUUUUUUUUUUUCAGACUUCUUGGAAGGGUCUUUUUCACUCUCGCUUGUCUCAAUAGUUAUGAGAGAUUGUCCCCCACUCCUCGUCUGCGCCAUUCUCUAAUCAGGACACUCUCUACUCCAAAAUCUGCCAUGGAAUCACUUGUAGACGGCGUUAGAUCGCUGCCAAGGGCUCAUAAUUCUGUUACUGAACUGGGUUAUAGCCUAUCUUCUUCUGCUUCUGGGACUGGUCAUCCUCUCUGCCCUCCAUCUGCUAAAAAAUCUGGCUAUGAGGGAUGCUCUUCAUCUUCAUCCUAUGUGAGAGAUGUGGAUAUUGGAAUGAAGGCAACUAGUACACCUACAGGUUCCACAAUCAGUUCAAAGAACCUGUAUAAAACAUACAGUGACCAUCCACAAAAGGACAGUGUGCCUGAUUCGAUGAGGCUCCACAUGAGGUCAGACAAAGAGAAAAAAGAAUUUUUGGGGCCUGAUGAUGAUCUUGAUCAAACAACACAUGAUACUUCUGGGGUGGGGGUUUUGGAAUUGGAAAGUGAAUCUUGCGGUAAGCAUCCUGACCACAACGCAAGGAAUUGUAUUCCGAGCGACUUGAUGGAGACUCUGGAGCUUCCUUCACAUUUAAGAUCUAAAGAAACUCUUGGAGUUGUAAACAGCCAAUUGCCAUCUCAAUUGGGAGUCCACUUCUGCCCAAGUCCUCAGAAUAGUUUUUACUCUGCUACACAGUACACAGAAGCUAAACAAAGUUUUACUACAGAAAUCAGUGAAUGCGCUAGCAGUGUUGGGAAAUCCGGUGAUAGUGGGGAACCUAGCAACUCCUGUGAUUUUGUUGAGAGCAGGAAAACGAGUAUUUAUAGAGGCAGCACGGGCAGUGAUAUCAGUGAUGAAAGCAGCUCCAGCAGUUUCAGCAGCGCAAUAUACAAACCACACAAGGCAAAUGACACAAGAUGGGAAGCAAUCCAAGCUGUCAGAUCUCGUUAUGGAACUUUGGAAAUGAAGCAUUUCAGACUUUUGAAGAAAAUGGGAUGUGGGGAUAUAGGAACUGUUUAUCUAUCAGAAUUAGCUGGAACUAGAAAUUAUUUUGCCAUGAAAGUGAUGGACAAAGCAGCUCUAGCUAGUAGGAAGAAACUUGUAAGAGCUCAGACAGAAAGAGAGAUAUUGCAGUCACUGGAUCAUCCAUUUCUUCCCACUUUGUAUACACAUUUUGAGACAGAAAAGUUCUCUUGCUUGGUCAUGGAGUUUUGCCCUGGAGGAGAUUUACACGCACUUCGCCAAAGACAACCUGGGAAGUUUUUCACAGAGCACGCUGCCAGGUUCUAUGUGGCGGAAGUUCUCCUUGCUUUAGAGUAUUUGCACAUGCUUGGUAUCAUCUACAGAGAUCUUAAACCAGAAAAUGUUUUGGUCAGAGAGGAUGGCCACAUAAUGCUUUCAGAUUUUGAUCUUUCGCUUAGAUGUGCUGUGAGCCCAACCCUUGUCAAAUCUUCAAAUUCUAGCUUGGAGUCCAAAAACUCUGGAUACUGUGUUCAACCUGCUUGUAUUGAGCCAUCUUGUGCCAUCCAACCAGCUUGCAUCCAACCUACGUGUUUCGGGCCACGUCUUCUUGGCAAGUACAGGAAAGAGAAAAAGAUGAAACCAAGAGCUGAAAUACACAAUCAAGUGAGUCCUCUUCCUGAGCUCAUAGCUGAGCCAACAAAUGCCCGAUCAAUGUCAUUUGUGGGUACGCAUGAGUAUCUGGCGCCAGAGAUCAUCAAAGGUGAAGGUCAUGGCAGCGCUGUGGAUUGGUGGACGUUCGGAAUUUUCCUCUAUGAACUCUUGUUUGGGAGGACUCCGUUCAAAGGUGCAGGCAAUAGGGCAACUUUGUUCAAUGUGGUUGGUCAACCCUUGAGAUUUCCAGAGUCACCAACUGUGAGUUUUGCGGCAAGGGACCUGAUCAGAGGACUACUGGUUAAGGAACCACAACAUCGGCUUGCAUACAGGCGCGGCGCCACUGAGAUCAAGCAACAUCCAUUCUUUCAAAGUGUCAACUGGGCUCUAAUUCGCUGUGCCAGCCCUCCGGACGUGCCGAAGCCGUUCCCAAUCGAUGACAUACUAAGAGUACCCAAACCUGACGUACCUGGCGUGGAUGUGAAACCGUCAGGUAAUUAUUUGGAAAUCGAUUUCUUCUGAUUCUUGUUGUACCACUGUGACAGUUGCUACAAUUUCACCGUGUGAUGUAAUCUUCUUGGAUUGGAAGGAACACCUAGCGCGGCAAUUGUAAAGUGCUUUAUUAUGGCAUUAAUUGUAAUUUGUAAGCAGUAGUAGUGAUUAGCACCUGUGAAUUACGCAUGACAUGUUGUCAUGGAAA